AUGAUCCAACUGCCGUCGCAUCCUGAAUCCUCAUUGGAUAGAAACAAACUGGGCCCAAUUGUCAAGAAAAUCAUCGGGAAAACAAAAGGCCAGCAUGCGUUAAGAUUCGAUCAGCAGAAAAAGAUGCUGGUGGCAGCUUUUGACCAAGCACAGCCCGGAACGCUUUUUCUCGAAGCACCGAUGAUACUAUUGCCGGAUUUCGAGUUGCUUCGAUUGAUCAAACUUGGUAAAUGCUGUGCAUACUGUGGCUCGGUCAUCAAGGGGGAUAACGAGGGCCGAUUGGCUGGAACAGACACCAAACCUGCAAAUAGAAAAGCAUCGAAAGAGCAGAAAAUUGACAGAUUCAUCUCUGGAUUGGACUGUGAUCAAUGCUCUCUAAGGUGGUGUAGUGAUGUGUGCAAGAAUGCGGACUGCAUGCACAACAUCCUGAACCACAGGCCAGAAAACAAGUCGUGCAGCCACCAGUUUGUUGGGGCCGACAAGAAGAAAAAGGACAUUUUGCUGUUUGACAAGUGGCACAGCCUUUGGGCUUAUGUUGACAAAGAGAGACUUGAGCUUUGCUAUUAUGGCAUUGGCGCAAUUUUGCGUAUAUACUACGAUCAAAGGCUUGAGGCUGCAUUUGAGAGUUUGAGAUGUGUGUCGGAAUGCACUGCAAAAAGCAUGAUUCAGUAUUUAUGCUCGUGCUCACCGACCUUGGACGAACAGAAGCUCCGGAAGUGCCACGUGAUGCUGGUCACGUGCUUCAAGAAGAUGGAGCUGAGCUUUGAGAAGUUUGUUCGCUACUUGACGAUUUACAAGAUGAACAAUUUUAGCGGUUGCAUCUAUCUGUUGGCGUCAAGCCUCGAACAUGUUAAUGUGGCUGGGUCAGCGGUGGAAAACUGCCGAAUUGAGUAUUCAGAGGAUGACGAAAAUCGCGAUUUGGUGGAUUCUUUGUUGCUCAAGCCGAUUUCUGAGCAUUCCGUUGAACUUAUCCAGGAAAGCCACAUUGAGGACAAGUCGAAGAAAGUUGUUUUUUUCACGGUUGGUGGGUCAAAGGUUCACCGCAAUAUCCUCAGGGUGAGCAACAUAGGCCUAAUUAGGAAAGGCGAGCCAUUGACAAUUAGAGAAAUGGACUAUUCGGUACCCACAGUUGAGGAAUAUGCCAUUUGUGCCGUUGAUUCCGACGGAGAAGGUGAAAUAGUCAUGCCGAAUAACUCCGGAAGCAUGUCUUCCCACCGGCAUCGAUCGUUUUACCCGCGGCACUGCAGCAACUCGUUCACUUCGGCCCGGACAACGGCUUCAUUUACCUCAUCGGGAAGUUCGUUUGGGGAGGGAAUCAUAAAAUACAACAGAGACCAGAUCAGGGAAAUGCUUCAGCACUUAUCUUUAGAGGAGGAGCAGAGGGAGGGCGCCGAGAGAAGAGAAUCGGAAGGCAGUGCAAACGUUCUGCUUGAAGUUCCAUCAAGUUUUGGCCGGAUCAGAUCCAAGAGUGUGCAUUUUUCGGAUGGUGUGGUUAGAUGA